AUGGCCAACCUAGCGUCGACAUUUUGGAACCAGGGCCGGUGGGAGGAGGCCGAGAAGCUGUUUGUGCAGGUAAUGGAGACUCGCAAGACCAAGCUUGGGGCCGAUCACCCAGAUACGCUAUCGAGCAUGGGCCAACCUAGCGUCGACAUUUUGGAACCAAGGCCGGUGGGAGGAGGCCGAGAAGCUGGACGUGCAGGUGAUGGAGACUCGCAAGACCAAGCUUGGGGCCGAUCACCCUUCUACGCUGACGAGCGUGGCCAACCUAGCGUCGACAUACAGGAACCAGGGCCGGUGGGAGGAGGCCGAGAAGCUGGAGGUGCAGGUGAUGGAGACUCGCAAGACCAAGCUUGGGGCCGAUCACCCAGAUACGCUGACGAGCAUGGCCAACCUAGCGUCGACAUACAGGAACCAGGGCCGGUGGGGGGAGGCCGAGAAGCUGGACGUGCAGGUGAUGGAGAUUCGCAAGACCAAGCUUGGGACCGAUCACCCUUCUACGCUGACGAGCAUGGCCAACCUAGCGUCGACAUUUUGGAACCAGGGCCGGUGGGAGGAGGCCGAGAAGCUGGAGGUGCAAGUGAUGGAGACGAGCAAGACCAAGCUUGGGGCCGAUCACCCUUCUACGCUGACGAGCAUGGCCAACCUAGCGUCGACAUACAGGAACCAGGGCCGGUGGGAGGAGGCCGAGAAGCUGGAGGUGCAGCAUCGACAUACAGGAACCAGGGCCGGUGGGAGGAGGCCGAGAAGCUGGAGGUGCAGGUGAUGGAGAUUCGCAAGACCAAGCUUGGGGUCGAUCACCCUUCUACGCUGUCGAGCAUGGCCAACCUCGCUUUUACUUGGAAAAGCCAAGGUCGACACUCGACCGCUUUAGCACUAAUGAAGGACUGUGCCCAGGCUCGGCAGCGACGACUUGGUGCAGAGCAUCCAGACACCCUGUCGUCUUUGGCCACCGUCACCAAGUGGGGUAGCUAG